UUUUAAAUUUCUAUUUCUGGACAGCGUCUUACAUGUAGUCCUGACUGGAGUAGGACUCACUGUUUAGCUCUGGCUGGCCUGCAACUCAAGUUCACCUGCCUCUGCCUCAUGAGUGCUGGAACUAAAGGCGUGUGCCACCACUCAGAAUUCUGGGUACACUUUAGAUCUAUCUGACAAGAACCUGCACUUUAUUUAACACGUGACUAGGUGAUGCAUAAUCCAAUUUUGGGGAUGCCUGGCAGACUAGGGAGCUCAGCCAGGGAGCUCAUACUAGCAGCAUGGUCCAGAGAGGACACUAGCCCUCGGGAAAAGAGAAAAGCACCCGCGGCUCCGCCCUCUCGCCCCGCCUCCCUUCAGGCUAGCGUCGUUGCCCUGGCAGCGUGGGACAAGGCCCAGGCGGUGGCUGUAGCCACUCUUUCUUCCCCCUCCAAAGGUUUCUGGUGGGUUCCUAAUUCGGCCCAGCCCAGCGACGCCUCACCAUGCUCCGCAGGAGACUCGGGAGCCGGGUGGGCGCUCUGGAGGAGGGGGCGCCCGUCGGGUGUCCGGAGCUCCCAAAGGCAGCUGCUGAACCCGAGCGGGUUCUGCUUCGAGGCAUCUUCGAGAUCGGGAGGGAAAGCUGCGAUGUGGCGCUGGGCGAGCGGGCCCUGCGGUGGCAACGCAUCCGGCCCGAGCUCCCAGCUGGUGGUGCCAGGUGUGAUCCGCUGGGCAAAGAAGAGUCCCUAGACCUGGAAGACAUAUUCUCAGUGAAGCUGAAGCGACGCUGCUCUGCAAAGCACCCGGGCAGUGGCACACUGCUGGGCAUCACACUUUUCAUCUGCUUGAAGGAGCAGCAAAACAAAUUAAAGGACUCCACGCUGGAUCUCAUUAACUUCAGUGAGGACCACUGUGACAUAUGGUUCAGACAGUUCAAGAGAAUCCUGGAAGGUUUCGCAAACAGGCCAAAGGCUCUCAAGAUCCUCCUCAACCCUCAGAGUCACAGAAAGGAAUCUGUCCAAGUCUACUAUGAGAAGGUCGAGCCACUGCUGAAGCUUGCGGGCAUAAAGACUGAUGUGACAAUAACAGAAUAUGAAGGGCAUGCCCUGUCUCUGCUUGACGAAUGUGAACUCCGGGGAUUUGAUGGUGUUGUCUGUGUUGGUGGAGAUGGAUCCGCGAGUGAAGCUGCACACGCUUUGCUCCUGAGAGCUCAGAAGAAUGCUGGGGUAGAGAUGGACAGCUCCCCGACUCUCACUGGAGCUCAGCUUCCACUUGGCUUAAUUCCAGCAGGAUCUACCAAUGUGUUGGCACAUUCUCUCUUUGGAAUUCCUCACGUGGUGACUGCAACCAUGCACAUUAUACUGGGUCACAUACAGUCAGUGGACGUGUGCACCUUUAGCUCUGCUGGCAAGCUUCUUCGCUUUGGGUUCUCAGCCAUGUUUGGCUUUGGUGGAAGGACGUUGGCUCUGGCAGAGAAAUACCGAUGGAUGUCCCCUAGUCAGCGGAGAGACUUUGCUGUAAUCAAAGCAUUGGCCAAACUUAAGCCAGAGGAUUGUAAAAUAUCAUUUUUACUAGCGGGUUGUUCUCAGGAUGAACAAGAAAGGAAAGCACAGAGAUCUCCAGAAUCUGACUGUGGUGGCCACUGGCAAACCAUCCGAGGGCAGUUCUUGAAUAUCAGCAUCAUGGCGAUCCCCUGUCUAUGUUCAGUGGCACCCAGAGGCUUAGCACCUGACACUAGAUUAAACAAUGGAAGCAUGGCUCUUAUAGCUGUACGGAACACCACUCGGCCAGAAUUUGUAAAGCACCUGAAAAGUUACUCCAGUGUAAAAAACCAGUUCAAUUUUCCCUUUGUGGAGACUUACACCAUUGAAGAAGUAAAAAUUCAUCCAAAGAGCAAUAGCAAUGGAUACAGCCCACAGGAGGAGGGUGGACACCAUGCAACUGUUUCAGAAAAUGGGUUUCCUUGGAAUAUAGAUGGUGACUUAAUGGAAGCUGCCUCAGAGGUUCACAUUAGGCUGCACCCAAGACUGAUCAAACUCUAUGGAGGAAGCCUGGAGGAAAUGAAUGAUUCCAAAGUAGCAUGUAAUUGCAUAUGAAAGAAGUGUGUAAAGUAGAAAUUUAUUAUAAAAGAAUCUGGCAUGCAAUAUAUAUAUAUAUAUAUAUAUAUACAAAUAGAAAAUGCAUUUUAAUGAAGAUAACUAUUUAAUAUAAUUAAAGUAUCUAUUUUAAUGUAAUUAAAAUAUUUUUAUCUUUUAUUUUUAUUGUAUUUUUUAAUUUAAAUUUCAAAUGUUAUCCCCUGUCCCAGUUUCCACUCAAGAAACCUGCUAUCGUCCCCUGCCUCUAUAAGGGUGCUCCCUCACCCAUCCAGUCCCUCCCAAUACCCUGCCCUGAUAUUCCCCUCCACUGGGGCAUCAAGCCAUGACAGGACCAAGGGCCUCUCUUCCCAUUGACAAGGCCAUCCUCUGCUACAUAUUGACUGAAGCCAUAGGUCUAUCCCUGUGUACUCUUAAGAUGGUGGUUUAGUGCCUGGGAGGUCUGGUUCAUUGAUAUUGUUGUUCUUCUUAUGGAGUUGCAAACCCCUUCAGCUCCUUCAGUCCUUCUCCUACAUUGUGGAUCCCAUUCUUAAUUCAAUGGUUAGCUGUAAAUAUCUGCCUCUGUAUUUGUCAGACUCUGGCGGAGCCUCUCCGACACAAUAUAGUCUGGCUUUGGUGGCUGCACAUGGGAUGGAUCCCCAGGUGGAACAGUUUCUGCAUGGCCUUUCCUUCAGUCUCUGCUCCAUACAUUGUCUCCAUAUUUCCUCCUGUGAGUAUUUUUGUUCUCCCUUCUAAGAAGAACUUAAGAACCCACACAUUGUUCUUCCUCCUUCUUGAAAUCCAUGUGGUUUUUGAAUUGUAUCUUGGGUAUUCUGAACUUUUAGGUUAAUAUCCACUUAUCAGUGAGUGCAUAUCAUAUGUGUUCUUUUUUCACUCACGAUGAUAUUUUCUAGUUGCAUCCAUUGCCUAAGAAUUUCAUGAAGUCAUUGUUUUUAAUAGCUGAGUAGUACUCUUGUUGUGUGAAUGUACCACAUUUUCUGUAUCCAUUCCUCUGUUGAAGGACAUCUGGGUUCUUUUCAGCUUUGGGUUAUUAUAAAUAAGGCUGCUAUGAACAUAGUGGAGCCCAUACGUAAACAUAGUAAAAGCAAUUUACAGCAAACCAGUAGCCAACAUCAAACUAACUGGAGAGAAACUUGAAGCAAUCCCACUAAAAUCAGGGACUAGACAAGGCUGCCUAUUCUUUCCUUACUUAUUCAAUAUAGUACUUGAAUCCUUGCCAGAACAAUUAGGCAAUAAAAGGAGGUCUUGGAAAGGAAGAAGUCAAAAUAUCACUAUUUGCAGAUGAUAUGAUAGUAUACUUAAGUGUUCCCCCAAAGAGUUCCCCAAAAGUUCCACUAGAGAACUACUAAGCAUGAUAAACAACUUCAGCAAAGUGGCUGGAUAUAAAAUUAACUCAAAGAAAUCAGUAGCCUUCCACUUCUCAAAGGAUAAUCAGGCUGAGAAAGAAAUUAGGGAAAUCACACCCUUCAGAAUAAUCACAAAUAAUAUAAAAUAAUAUAAUAUAAAAUACCUCAGUGUGACUCUAACCAAGCAAGUGAAAGAUCUGUAUGACAAGAACUUCAAGCCUCUGAAGAAAGAAAUCAAAGAUCUCAGAAGAUGGAAAGAUCUCCCAUGCUCAUGGAUUGGCAGGAUUAAUAGAGUAAAAUGGCCAUCUUGCUGAAAGCAAUCUACAGAUUCAAUGCAAUCCCCAUCAAAAUCCCAACUCAAUUCUUCAUAGAAUUAGAAAGAGCAAUUUGCAAAUUCAUUUGGAAUAACAGAAAACCCAGGAUAGCAAAAACUAUCCUCAACAAUAAAAGAACUUCUGGGGAAAUCACCAUCCCUGACCUCAAGCAGUAUUACAGAGCAAUAGUGAUAUAAACUGUAUGGUAUUGGUACAGAGACAGGCAGGUAGAUCAAUGGAAUAGAAUUGAAGACCCAGAAACGAACACAUACACCUAUGGUCACUUGGUCUUUGACAAAGGAGCUAAAACUACACAAUGGAAAAAAGACAGCAUUUUUAACAAAUGGUGCUGGUUCAACUGGAGGUUAGCAUGAAGAAGAAUGCAAAUCGAUCUAUUCUUAUCACCGUGUACAAAGCUUAAGUUCAAGUGGAUCAAGGACCUCCACAUCAAACCAGAUCUACUCAAACUAAUAGGAAAAAAAAGUGGGGAAGACACUUCUUCCUAAAAGGGGAAAAAUAAAUAUUCAUAGGAGGGGAUAUGAAAGCAAAGUUUAGAGCAGCGACUCAAGGAAUGGCCAUUCAGAGCCUGACACACAUGUGGCCCAUAUAUAUACAGCCACCAAAACUAGAUAAGAUUGAUGAAGCUAAAAAAUGCAUGCUGAAUAGGACCGGAUAUAGAUCUCUUCUGAGAGACACAUCCAGAGCAUGUCCAAUACAUGGAUCAAUGAUAGCCACAAACCACUGAACUGAGAACAGGACCCCCUUGGCGGGAAUUAGAGGAAACAUUAAAAGAGUUGAAGGAACUUGCAACCCCAUAAAAACAACAAUGCCAGAGCUUUCAGGGACUAAACCACUACCGAAAGACUAUCCAUGGACUGACCAAGGGUUCCAACUGCAUAUGUAGCAGAGAAUAGCCUUGUUGGGGCACCAGCCCUUGGUCCUGCCAAGGUUGGACCCCAGUGUAGGGGAAUAUGGGGGGGCAGUAAGGGGGAUGUAUGGGGGGAAUACCCAUAUGGGGGAGGGGGAGGGGAAGGGAUGGGGGUUUAUGGAUAGGAAACCGGGAAGGGGAAUAACAUUUGAAAUGUAAGUAAAGAAAUAUAUCUCCUGAGAGACGUAGCCAGAAUACAGCAAAUACAUAGGCAAAUGCCAUCAUUAAACCACUGAACUGAGAACGGGACCCCCGUUGAAGGAAUCAGAGAAAGGACUGAAAGAGCUGAAGGGACUUGAGACUCCAUAUGAACAACAAUGCCAACCAACGAGAGCUUCCAGGGACUAAGCCACCCAAAGACUAUAUACAUGGACUGACCCUGGGCUCCAACCUCAUAGGUAGCAAUGAAUAGCCUAGUAAGAGCAUCAGUGGGAGGGGAAGCCCUUGGUCCUGCCAAGACUGAACCCCUAGUGAACGUGAUUGUUGGGGGGAGGGCGGUAAUGGGGGGAGGAUGGGGAGGGGAACACCCAUAGGGAAGGAGAGGGGGAGGCAUUAGUGGGAUGUUGGCCCGGAAACCGGGAAAGGGAAUAACAAUCGAAAUGUAAAUAAGAAAUACCCAAGUUAAUAAAGAUGAAAAAAAAAGAAAUAUAUCUAAUAAAUUUUUUUUAAAAGUGGGGAAGAAUUUCAAACACAUGGGCACAGAGCUCAAGGACCUCCAUGUAAAAUGUGAAGCUAAUAGAAGAGAAAAAUGGCGAGUGUCUCAAACACAUGGGCAUUGGUGAAAAUUUCCUGAAUAGGACACUAAUGAUUUAUGCUCUAAGAUCAAGAAUCAACUAAUGGGUCCUCAUAAAAUUGCAAAGCUCCUAUACUUAAAAUAUUUUAAUACAAUUAAAAUAGUAACUAUGUAUUUAAAAAUAAAAAUAAAAAUAUGAAGUCAAUGGAAAAAAUUAAAAUUCUGAUAUUUGGAAGGUAUUUGUUAGAUCCAAUCUAAAAAACAUUGUGCUAUAUUGAUAUUGUUGAAGAUAAUGUUUUUGUAUUUCCUAUAUCCUGAUAAAACAUAGAUUUUGUAAAAUUUCAGACUUCACAGUUAACUAGUAAUAUUAACACGAAUAUCCACUUAAUAGAAAACAUUCUUUCCUCCUAGGAUGUUAUUCUACUAUCAUAACAGCUAGAUUUGUACUUAAGUAAACUUACAAGUUUUAUUUACAAAUAUCCAUAAAAAAUAUAUCUUUCUAACUGGGCAAAAUGUGGCCCAGGAGGUAGCAGUGUUCUUAUGUAUCUGAAAGGCAGGAGCUGGUUUUCAGUGUAACGAUCUGCAUUUUCUCAGACACCAUCCCUUGAAAAGGUAGGUCUGAAAUGAUAUUGAUUUCUCAUCCAGUAACUUUGACAUCUUCAUGAAAUAACUACUUGAAUUUUCAUGAGAAAACUAUAAACAGUUACAUUUUACACAAAAAAGUAUACCUUAAAAAUAUAAACAUUUAAUUAAAUAUGCUUACUGCACACCCAGAUCUGAUGGCUCCGUGCUCAAGUUUCAGCACUCAAAACCUCCCUCUCCAGCCAGACUUGUGAAGAGGCCACCCUCAUGAAUCCGGAAAUCUGAGGAAGGGCCAGCUGGCAGCAAACACUUCCUGUAAAGUGAUCUUUCUUCAUAACACUGAAGGCUGCCUCUUUUAUCUAGCACAUGUUCAAAAUCUGGACAUGACUUUCUUACACAUGACAGAUUCAGAUGAAGCUUACAGUUAUCCAACCACAUAUAUGAAAUAAAUACUACAAAAUGGUUGUAAUUACAGAAAAAUUAUGCAGACCCAGGUAGAAGCCAUUUCAUUUUUAAACAGAAUCUUGCGCAGCAAUAUCAAGCAUGCUUUAUCUCGUGGGAAUUUUGAUGUCACUGCAUACAAACUUGAUCAGUUAUUUGCAGUUCCAACUAUGUAUUUGUUUGUCCAUUUUCAGAGUCCUGGUUUACGUAUAUUUAACCAGGCCAAGAAAAAAAAACAA